AUGCCAAGCAAUCCAAAUCCAACUGAGCUGCGCAAAUGGAAUAGAAAGAUUGAUACAUUAUGUGCCAUCAUUGAAGACUAUUUUGCUUUUGCUUCUCAAUACACAAGUGAAUCAAACAAUAUUUCCCAGGUCAAGGUAAGACUUGAGGAACUUAAUGAAUUUUCUGAGAAAUUUGAAGAAUAUCAAGCUGAGUUAGAAAUGUUAGAUGACAAAAAGGAUGCUGAUUGGAUCAAUGUUCGAAGAUCAUUCCGAAACCGAUUGUGUGAUGUUAAGGCUGCGUUACUCAAAAUCAUAGAUGAUCAUGUUAUCCAUCCAGACAAUGUAUCUAGUCCAUCAAUGAGCUCAGCCAGAUCUCAACAACAUUCAAAUACAUUCAACUCUAUGAGGUAUCCACCAUGUGCUCUUCCUACAUUCAGUGGUGAUUGGCAGCAGUGGUCAUCCUUUAUAGAUACAUUCAAUUCAAUGUUUCAUAAUGAGCAUUCAAACUUACCGCUAGUUCAACGCUUUCAUUACUUAAGGUCAUGCCUUGCAGGGCAGGCUAGUGAUGUUAUCAAAUCUAUUUCUACUACUGCAGAACAUUUUCAAUAUGCUUCUGAUCUGUUGGUAAAUCGGUAUGAAAACAAGAGUGCUAUAAUCCAGUCACACAUUCGCUCACUACUCGAGACACCCGAGGUGGUCUCACCGUCUUGUAGUGAACUGCAAAAGCUGCAUCAUCAUGUCACAUCUAACAUCAAUGCCCUCAAGUCCUUGCAGCAACCAGUCGAUCAGUGGGAUGCAUGGUUGGUCACUCUUUUAUGUAGUAAAAUGGAUAGUGCUACAGUAGGGGAGUGGUAUCUACAGUAUAAGAGUAAAGAUCUGCCUUCCGACGUGGCUGUAGAACAAUUUCUAGCAAACAGAAUAACAGCCUAUGAGGCAGGGGAUAUGAAUUGUCUGUCAAAUGAACCAAGAAAAAUGUCAACAAAAGGUUCAAAUAACAAAACAUUUGAAAAAAGGGCAUUGUUUGUAAAAUCUAAAGAAAAAGGUUUGGGCAAAUGUCCGUUAUGUACUGAGCAUCACAAAUUAUAUGCUUGCAGUAAAUUCAACAACAUGAGUACAAAUGAUAGAAGGAACUUUGUGAUGAAAUCAAGGCUUUGUUUCAACUGUCUUAACUUUGGCCAUCAAGUUUCUUCUUGUUAUUUUCCUCCAUGUCCUCGUUGUGGGGAAAAGCAUAAUUCAAAGCUUCAUGAGGAACAAUCAAACACCAGUAAUCAAGAUACUUCUAUCGCCAAUGAUGUUGACAGACCUGAACCCCAUGCAACAGCUAUGUACACUGAAAUAUCAGCUCAGGAAGCUGAAAAUCUAAAUGUUAUUUUAGCCACUGCCAUUGUCAAUGUAUGCGACACUUUUGGGCGCAUGCAUUCAUGCCGAGCUGUCCUGGACUCUGGUUCUCAAUUAAAUUUCAUUACAAAUUCUUGUGCUAAAAGACUUAACUUGUCUACUGCUUUGCAUACACUUAACAUUGUUGGAGUCUCUGCUAUGGCAUCAACAGCCAAAAAACUCCAAGAUACGAUUAUGACCUCACGUUUUGGUGAUUUCAAGACAACUAUCAAGUUCUACUCUCUGCAGACUAUAGUCAGCGCCUUGCCUUCUCAGGUGCUCAUUCGGGACAACUUGAAAAUGCCUCAUAACAUACACAACCAGUUGGCAGAUCCAAACUUCCAUAGUCCUGGUCCUAUAGAUGUGUUAUUAGGUGCUGAUAUAUUCUUUGAUGUACUUUAUGGUGAAAAGUUUCCAUUAUCAAAUUUAGCUUGCUUGCAUCGUACCAAGUUGGGAUGGAUAGUAACAGGCAAAAUCUCAACUUUGUCAACUUCUCAUACAUUACCAAACCUCUUUAUCCAUAAUCAAUCUGCAUUAUCGUUCUUCACGUCAAAGACAAAUCAACGUAUUCUUGAAGAGUUCAAAGCCGAAGAGCAUUUUCAAUCAACUUUUCGUCGGCAUUGCAGUGAGAGAUUCAUAGUGAAGCUACCAAUGGCACAAGAUCCCAAGGUGCUUGGUGAUUCAUUAGACAUGGCUUAA